AUGAAUCGUUUCUACCGUUUCAUAUCUGGUGCCGCUGCCCGUGCUGCGCUUCACUUCUAUGACUCCUCUGCAUUUCUAUUUCCUUGCACGUUUGCCUCAGGAAAGGUAAUUAUACUAGCGUCAGGAAAGACGAGACUACUGGAGUCGUCUAAGCUACCAAAACGGGAAAAGGACUACGAUGACGUUCUGUACCUACAACGUACGUACGCUUGCAUGGACCUGAUCGGCCGAAGAUCUGAUUAUGCAAGAGAGGAUCAAGUGCGACGUCAUCAGACAGACCGAGAUGACACGACGCCACCCACUGAACGCGGUAUAUCAAAUUGGAGAAGAAUAUUCUCAGGAAUAUGCGAGAGUAGUGAAGUUGGUGUCUUCGACAAAACAAGUGCUAAGGUUACUAGUAUUACAUGCGAUUCAAAGGCAGGUUACGACGAAUCUGACGUGGUGUGGGAAUCUGCUGGAAAAGCUAGAGAGGAGUUUGUAGGAACCAUGCUACUUCUUGCUUUCCUUUUCGCUCUUCUAUGCUUCACAUUUGUCGACACUCAAGUAAUCCCGGGUGGAAUUUCUCCUUUGGAUCCGAGUGACCCCAAGAAUAUGGAAAAAGCGUGGAAAGCUGUGAAUGCUGUUAAUGAGAAAGUUAAGAACGGACAGUAUCUUAUGGUUCCAGUAAAGAUUGAAAAAGCUGAAUCGCAAGUUGUAGCUGGUACGAGAUACGUAUUUGAAAUACUCUACGGGGAAUCUGCAUGCAAAAAAGGACAAACAAAUGCAAUCAAUGCUGCCAACUGUCCACCGAAACCAAAAGGACACCAAGCGCUGUAUCAAGUCGAACUGUGGGAGAGACUAUGGGAGAAUUUCGAGCAGUACACUGUAAAAAAAAUCCGAGAUGUGCAUGCAUGCAGAUUUUGA